AUGACAGAUGUGUUUGGCCAGCUCGACAGUCCUCCCGUUUACAAUGAACAAAAUAUGUGGUCGAGAUUGAUGAAUGCUCCUACAGAGUGGCUGAUAAACACUUUGGAAGAUUAUGAAGGGGUUGAAUGGGAUGAUUUGUCAUUGAAAAUGAGUUGGAUAACAGCUGGUAUGUUAAAUAGCGCUCUUAUUGCAAUAAAAUUCGCGUAUUGUUCUGAUCAAACUGGAAUGGGGAGAUUCGAUGACGGCUUGUUAUGGUUCACAGAAGCUGGACUCAUAGCGAUAAGCUGCAUCAAUGCGCUUGCUGUAUUUAUGGCAACGAAGACAUAUCGAAUGUUUAACCAUGACAAAGACUCUCAACCAAUAUCCCAAAACGUUCGACUUGUCGAUAAGAACCAAGUAAAUCCAGACUGGACUCACUCUGGACUAGGAGCUUGUCUAGCAUUGGCCAUGCGAUACGUUUUUAAGUCAGCACAUCGACACAUCAGCGAGGAUGCCGUAUGGGAAUUAAGCAUGUGGAAUCCGUCUUCAUUCACGCUGAAUCUAUUUAUAUUCUUCUCUCCAGUGCAAGCUCUUGUUCUUCACGGGAUAGACAAAGAUAAUUAUCAGUACUAUUUGAUAGUGGCGGCAGUAGUCUGUAUGCAGGUGUACGUCUUAAUUAACACAUAUAUUAACCAUCUUCAAGACAAACAAAUAGUUUUUGAGGAAGUGUCAUACGAAUACAAUUAUAAAUUCGUAUAUCCGCGUAUAAUCAAGCAUAAUGUAUCACGUCAAUGUCAGACCGAAGAUUUUCAGACUGAUUGUCCCGAAAUACAGACAACAGACACAGCUGAUACUGAAUCAAUCUCUUCUGAUGAUACACAGUCCACCAUCGGUACUCCUGAAUAA